AUACGGCACUCCCACUAUGCGACCAGCCGUCAAACGGGAGCAAAUGACAGCGAAUUGAUUACACCCGCUGGCAGCACUGGUCAGCAUUGUCAAGCGGAGAAAUAAAAUGGAGAAUUUUGUGUGAUUGUUAUUUUGCACAACAGUAGGCAAAAAGUGUGUUUCAAGCUAGUUUUGGCACGAUUUGCUGACCGAUUCUACAUUCAGCACAACGCGCCAACCGUGCUCGGGAAGGAAUUUAACGCGUUUACGGCCGUUUUAACGCGUCCUACAACGUGUCGCCCUGGAAACGCCAAAGCCACCCCCUUUCCUCCCCUCGCGAGCAGAGUAGUUGGGUUUUGUGCGAGGGAGAAAAGUCGCAGGAAAACGACCCGCGCCUAGCUGCAGGUGUGUGUGCGAAAGGAGGUGGGGAAGAAAAUUACAAGAAUCAUCAAAUUCGCCGUUUCCCCGUACAAGCCCUACCAUCACGGCCAGUCACGUUGUGUCGCUUCCCUGCCACGCUAGAGAGUGUGUCGCCUGUGUUUAUGUGCCCCACACCCCCUCCUCGGUAAAGUUAGGUGUUGUGCGGGGGUGUGAAUAAGGCGGGAGGGAUUGUAGCGCACAAGAAGUGGCACACAAACAUACAAUCGCGCCCCAUUCGCCGUUCUAGACACACGCAUACACACACGCACAUACACACACACGCCUCCCACCUAGCAUGGAAAACGCUGCACCACCAUUCGUGUGCCGCGCUGCAGGCGAAAGCCCGCUCCAGUGGUUAGGAUGAUGCUGCUGCUGCUGCUGCCGUGAUGAGAGAAGAAAUAUGCAUCACCACGCCGUGCCCCGGAUCGCUGCGUGGAGGCUCGUAGAGGUGGGCAACGUCAGAGGCGUCGCUGGAUUGCGUGCGUAAAUGCGUGCGCGUUCGUGCAUCCCACCGGAGAGCGUGGUUGGCGCAAUGCAAAGGUGCAAGAAAGGCGCUUCCCGUAGCCAUGCCAGCGAAUCUGGCACAGAGACGAUACGUGCAUACAAACAAACAAAAAACUCUUGAAUGAAAAGUGUUGAGUGCGUGAAAUAUACCGUUUAGUGUGAAGAAAAAACACUUACAUAAACUCGCCAUAAACCCGUGUUCUUGUGUGCGUGCGUGCGUGUUAGCGUGAGUGAGUGAACUGAAUAUCCUGUAGGAUUGGCAGUGCUUUCUGGAUUGCAUUUUGUGGCCGUACCGUAACCAAAAGCACCAUCUUCGAAUCGUAUCCGUGCGUAGCGUGCUGUGCUAGCUCUGGUCUGGUGGUGGCGGUGGGGGGCUCACCAACAGCGCGCACUGAUACGAUUUCAGUGGAUGGGAAAAGGGUCUACUUUAAUCCACGGACCAGAAUGAAGGAGAUGGUCGGUGGAUGUUGUGUCUGUUCAGACGAUCGCGGCUGGUCGGAAAAUCCGCUAGUGUACUGCGAUGGUCAAAGCUGUGCCGUGGCCGUGCACCAGGCGUGCUACGGAAUCGUGACCGUGCCGAGUGGUCCUUGGUACUGUCGGAAGUGUGAGAGUCAGGAGCGUCCGGCUCGGGUGCGCUGCGAGCUGUGCCCGUCCCGCGAUGGGGCGCUCAAGCGGACGGACAACCAGGGAUGGGCGCAUGUCGUCUGCGCCCUGUACAUUCCCGAGGUGCGUUUCGGGAACGUGACGACGAUGGAACCGAUCAUCCUGCAGCUGAUCCCGCAGGAGCGAUACAACAAGACAUGCUACAUCUGUCAGGAUAUGGGCAAGGGGUCGCGUGCGAACGUGGGAGCCUGCAUGCAGUGCAACAAAUCGGGCUGCAAGCAACAGUUUCACGUCACCUGCGCCCAGCAGCUCGGCCUGCUGUGUGAGGAAGCUGGCAACUAUCUGGACAACGUAAAGUACUGCGGCUACUGCCAGCACCACUACAGCAAACUGAAAAAGGGAGGCAAUGUGAAAACGAUCCCACCCUACAAACCCAUCAGCCACGAGGCCAACUCGAGCGAUGGACCAUCGUCGCCGGAGAAGGAAAUGGAACCGCCCCCACCCCAGCAACACUCCAGCAGCAGUGCGGCCGGUUCAGGUGGAACCGGUGGUGGUGGUGGCGGUAGUGCAGGUGGUGGCAGUGGAGUCGGUGGCAGCAGCAGCUCGAGCAGUGGGCUCAAGUCCAGCAGCCGGUUGUCGGGCGAACCGAGCGUCGGCGGCUCAUCGUCUACCUCUUCCUCGUCAUCGUCCUCCUCCUCCAAGCAGCGCAAGUCCUCGAGUGCGUCGAAAAGUUCGAGCGGAUCGGGCUCCGGCGCAUCGCUUUCGUCGUCCUCCUCGUCCUCGGUGUUGGCGUCCGGUGGUGGCGGUGGUUCCGGGGGCAGCGGAGCCGUUGGUAUGUCCGGCAACUCCUCCAUGUCCACCUCAUCGUCUUCGUCCUCUUCGUCGGGCGUUUCAAGCAUGUCCGGUAGCGGAGGCAGCGGUAGUGUGAGCAACAGUGGUGGCAGCGGAAUCGGUGGCUCGGGCAUCGCCGGAAGUGUGGGCGGCAGUGGUUCCAGCAAGACCAGUUCCGGCUCGUCCGGAGGAACUGGUGGUGGCGGUAGUUCGGGCAGCAGUUCGAAGGAAAAGGAUAAAUAUAGUAAAAGCCGCGACAAAAGCUCGAAAUCAUCGAAAUCAUCGAGCAGUAGCAGCACGAGCGGAGGAAGUGGAAGCAAUUUUAACAAUAGUACAAGUACAAGUAGUUCUGCUGGUGGCAGCUCCAACCAAUCGAAGGAUGUCGACAUGGGUGGGACGGCCGGUUCUUCUUCCGGGUCGAUGGGUGCGCUGGGUGCGAAUGCGUCCUCGCAAUCUUCAUCGCAAAGUGGCUACUCGUCGACCGCAGGCGGUGGCGGCAGUGGACCCGGAGGUAGCUCCAGCAGCAGUAGCAGCAGCAGCAGCAGCUCCUCCAGCAAACAUCAUUCUGAUAAACCCGACAAAGGAAGUGGCGGUGGUGGUAGCAGCAGUCAAGGUGGUGGACCUUUGUCAACGAAUAGCGGCGUCGGAUCGGGACGGGCGGCUUCCCUCUCCCCGGCAGCGAUUCCGACGACGCUCAUCAUUAAGCCACCGCAGGACCACACCGGUGGCAGCGGGAAGGAACCACUGUCCAAGGAAGCGAUUGCAAAAAUGAGCACCUCGAGCAACUUUACCGAAACGAUCGUCGUCAAUUCGGAGUCGGUGUACAAUCAUGCCGGCUCGGGCAGCGGGAACGCUGGUUCCACGUCCGUGAUCGAGAGCGGCAAGCUGGCGAUGGGAGGGUCGGGAGCGGGCAGCGGUGGCUCGGGCGGUUCGUACGGUGGCAGCACGGGCCCCACAGGUGGAUCGUCCACCGGGAGUAGCAGUAGCAGUAGCGGGGGCAAGAAGCGAAAGGCCGAUGCACGCUCGACACCAACAUCGUCGGUCAGCAGUAGCGAGAUGCUGGAUGCUAACCGUGACCUGAUAAGGGACGUUGCCGUAUCGCUUGUGCCAUUGUCGCUGAGUAAAAACGAUCACAUUGAUCCGUCGUCGAUCGCGGCACACGAGAAGAGUGUGAAGAAGGCGAAAACCGAAACCAGCUCCCCGCUGCCCCAUCCGGCAUCGGCGUUGCCAGCGCCGGAACCGAACCUCCAAAAUGUCGCACCCAACCUCAUCCAGUCGGCGCACACAUCGAGCAUCAUCUCAUCGGCUUCAUCGUCCUCAGCGUCCUCCUCCUCCUCCUCAUCCGGCAAGCAUCAGCAACAGCAGCAACACCACCAUCAUCAGCCAACGCCUCACUCGCCUCAGCAGCCAGCGUCGUCGCAGCACACACCGAGCCUGGUGGUGUCGGUACCGCUGUCGACGGCUACCGUACCUGGAGUUAAUCUACCCGCUAGUAACAAUAGUAACAGUAGCAGCCAUACCGGCAGUAGCAGCAGCAGCAGCAGCAGUAGCAACGUUAAUCAUAGCGCUAGUAGCAAUAGCAACAUUACACCGAACAUUGUCUCACCAGGACAUCACCAAGGUAGCGAUCGAGGUGGCGGCGGCGGCGGCAACCACUUCAAUAACAACAACAACAACAACAGCAAUAGUAACAGUGGUGGCAAUAGCAACUUGUACCAACAGAUUUCACACCGGGCAGGUGAUCAGUUGAUGAAUGCCAGCACGAACCGCUCUAGUCCCGUGAUCCAGCAGCAAUCGACGGCUCAGAACAUCAUUCAGUCGUCUUCCUCGUCCUCCUCCACUGCCGGUUCCUCGUCGGCCACAUCCGGCCCUUCGAUCGGUCACCAUCAUCUCGAACGGCAGUCACCGUCGAUGCGCUCGUCCCCGGCCGGCGUGACGACCGGUGGUGCCAACGUUAUAACCUCCCUGCACCACAGCCAGUCGCAGCAGCCGGAUCUGCUUUCGCCUGCGGGCGGCGGCGCUACGGUGCUGCAAAGUGUGUCGCCCGUGCCAAUGAGUACGAUCCAACGCACCUCCUCACCGUCGACACUGCACGCGGGUGACAAUAGCAGCAGCAGCGGCGGUGGCGGCGGCGGCGGAGGAUUAAAGUUUGGCUACGAAAAGCAAGCGCCUACGACGAACGCACGGAUAGCGGCCCUGCAGGAGGAGGAAGCGUCCACCGGCCGGCGGUCCAGGUACGGAUCACACUCGCGAGAACGUAGUGGUGGCAAUGGUGGAAACAACUCUACCGGUGGUGCCGGUAACACCGGCGUCGGUGGUGGUGUUAGUAGCGGUGGUGGUGGUGGUGGAAAAACUCGUACAUCCAAAAAGCGUUCGCAGCAGCAGCAACAACAGCAACAGCAGCAGCAACAACAACAACAGUCCCAGUUACCACCAGAUCGAGGAUCACCUUCGAUCGGGAUAGAAUCCUCAGCAAGCGGUGGAUCGCAUCGCCGUGGGUCGUCUCCAUCACCUUCACGACGUUCUUCCCAUGGCGGUGGUGGCGGUAGUGGACAGUCCUACUCGUACGGACCGGCCGUGGAUCGUAAUGUCGAUGACCAUUCACCAUCACAGUAUCAUCCAUCGUCGUCCGGUGGUAGUAAUGCGCCCGCGGCCGGCGGUAACAAUGCCAGCAACAAUGGUAGCGUGCUCUCGAUGGCGGCAGGAACCGGAUCCGCCACAGCGUCGGUGGUCGUGGGAAACUCUUCCUCCCAGAACAGCCACCAUCAUCAACAUUUGACACCUCACCAGCAGCAGCAACAACAACAGCAACAUUCUCACCACCAUCACCACCACCAGCCGCAGCAGCAGCAGCAGCACCAUCACCAACAGCAUCAUCAACAUCACCAACAUUCGCACCAUCAGCAACAUUCCGCCUCGAUGGGCGACAAGCUUUUGUCGGGCGGUGGUACUUCUGCCGCACCGUCGUCGCUUCACUAUUCCACGGGCAGUUCGCAUUCUGCUUCGUCGCAGCAUUCAUCUAGUGCAAUUGCUAGCAGUAACGCUUCGAAUGUAACAUCUACCAUUUCAUCUGUCGCUUCCACUACCGGGCCUGGGGCUACUGCUGCUGCUGCUGCCGCUGCUUCUGUUGCCACAUCUUCAAUCGCUUCACUGUCUGCUUCCUCUUCUACUUCCUCUACUGCCCACUCUAACAAUUCUUCCACUUCUGCUGCUGCCAGGAACGAUGGUGGAUCAUCGUCCGCCGGUGUUCAUCCGGUCAUCGAAAUGGCGGGCAGUCACGGUGGAUCACAGAGCUACCAGCACCAGCACCACCCCCACCAUAGUGGUGGGAUCAUUUCCGGCUACUCUCAAAACGCUAGCAGCAACAGUAGCGCCAGUACCAAAUCUCACCAAAACACCAAUAACGGUAGCAACAUGGAAAGCUUUCACCACCAGCAGCAGCAGCAGCACCACCACCACCAUCAACAACAGCAACAACAGUAUCACGGAGGCGGUUCUGGUUCGCACAGUGUGCUGUCGGGCAGUGGCAACAGCGGCAACAGUAGUAUUAGUGUUAGUAGCAACAGUAACAACCUUAGUAGCAAUAAUAACACCUCCACUAUCACUACCACCACCACUACCAACACCACAAACAUCACCACCACCACCACCAGCAACAGCAGUAGCAAUAGUGGCAACAACAGUAACAGUAAAAACACCACCAUCAUCAGUAGCAAUAGCGGCAACCUGAGUGGCACCGCCGGCAACAGUAAUACUAACAACAGCACCGGAAGCAACCAUAAUCUAUCUAACAGUAGCAGCAGCAGUAGCGGCGGUACCAUCGUAACAGCGGCUGCCAAUCCGAACAAAAAGCACCGGGGGGCUUCGCAUCAUCCAUCAAUCGUUGAACUUUCGCCAUCGCCAUCUACUUCCAGAACGCCGGAAAUGAUCGUAUCCAGCGGCGGUGUCCCCUACAGCAUGAGCUCGACGAUGACGGCGGCCUCUUCCUCGUCGUACGGUGGUAGUUCCGGUGGAGGAGGAGGAGGGCUAAAGUUCUCGUACGAGGCUCAGCCCACGAACCCGCUGGCUGCAGUAUCGACUGCAUCGAUGAUGGGCAGUAGCGGCAGCGUGAUUGCGGCCCCGCAAGUCAAGGAUUCUCCCCCGAGCUCGCCCGGAUCGGAUGCGGGCGGCAGUACCGCCGGCACAGCGAUCGUUAGCGGUCGGGGAACGAAACGCAACCGUAAGAUGUCUUCGAAUGCGGCGGCCGCGAACAGUGGUGCCGGAGCAGUGCCAACGACAUCGGUAGCAGGACAGACCGGUGGGCCAUCGAUUGUGCCGGCUUCGAUCGUGGCUGCUGGAAGCGCCGAUGCCAAGGAUGGCAAACUGUUUCAGAACGGGGGCAGUAGUAGUGCGGCCGCCGGCGGUUCGGUCGUGUCGGCUACCCAUAUGUUGGGUAAUCAGCUGAAUCCGAGCAGUAGCGUGGCGCAGAAAAUGUCCGACCAGCUGAGCAUGGAGAUCGAGGCGCAUACGUACGUACCCGGUCCGAUCGAUGCGGUACCGACACUGAUGGGACCACAGUUCCCGGGAAAGAAUCGCACAAACAAUUCCCAAUCGAUGCCUGUCGGAGCGGGAGGUGGCGGUAAUUCGCUAAGCUCGAUGCUAACGGGCGGUGCUACGGCGACGGCGAACGGAAACACUCCGCAAAGCUUGGAGCAACUGCUGGAGCGGCAAUGGGAACAAGGAUCUCAGUUUCUUAUGGAACAAGCGCAACACUUCGACAUUGCCUCUUUGCUGUCCUGUCUCCAUCAGCUGCGGAGCGAGAACAUUCGGCUGGAAGAGCACGUCAACAAUUUGGUCGCACGAAGAGAUCAUCUGUUAGCGGUCAACGCUCGUUUGGCUAUACCGCUGAACCCUACUGCGGCGCUGGGCGGUGUUGGCAUGAUCGGAGGAUCGGGCGGAUCGGGUCCCGGUGGCGGCGGGGCAGCGACCGGUGGCGCCGGUGUCGGUGGUGCCGGUAUCGGAUCUCUGCCAGGGCAAUUCAACAACAUCCACGGCAAUGGGCCAAUCGAUGCCAAUGUCAUCACCAACGCGUCGGCAGUGUCGAACCGAUCUAGCCGGGGGCAGCACGGACCGAACCAGCAGCAGCCCGGCCAGCAGGGUCCGGCCGGCCACUUUGGGUCGGGGGCGGGAAGUAAUGCGGCCGGUGGUGGUAUUGGUGGUCUGCCCCAGGAGAAUGGUAUCGAUUUCCGACACACGAACUCCUCGCAUCCGGCCACAAACAGUGCAUCGAUAAGUGAAAAGCCCAACACAAUCUACGUGAAUUUUUGAACGUCUAAUCGGCGGCACCCCAUCCCCCACCCCUCAAAAACACACGCAGACUGUCCAAGGCAAACGCGGCAAACCGAUGUUGAUGUGCAAUUACACCUAGCAGAAACCAGACUUGUUAGGCAGGGAAGCAAGCUGAAAACGAUACAUAAACAUAAAUAGGAUCAUAGGUUGAAAAGCGAUCGGGCGAUCGUGUGCUUACACACGGUUGCAGCGGAUCGGAUUAGAUGCUAGCAAGAUACAUGGAUAUGGGAUAGCAAAACCGUAUGAAUUAGAAUGUAGGCAAGAGCCAGCAGAAAAAGGCAUUAUUCAUAGUUGGUAAGGUAGCAAAUAUUCGACGUUUCGAUACAAAACACUUAAAACUCAUCAUCGUCGAUGGGAUUGUGGUGUGUGACUGUUUGUGUGAGGAGCAAGCGAUUUUAAUAGAUAUGUAGUAAUUACUCAUCGUGUCCCUUUCCUCCGUGCGACACUGCCGUGUCCUUUUUAAGUACACACUUACACCACGCACACACACACUGCUGCCGUAUUGCACACAUACGCGCGCCACAGUACUGUAGCUUAACAAGUUGAUCGUAUCUCUAUGGCGCGAAGAAGAGAGAAGAGUGUUUAGUAAACACAAACACGUUACACUCAAUGUACUGUUGUACGUUUGGUGUGAAAGUGAAAGUAAGCUAAGUCGUAGAAUUAUUGUAUACUUUAAUUUAUAAAUUAAUAUGCUCAAACAAUCAAACAAACAAACAAGCAGCCCGAAUCUGUGUUGUAUUCAGCUGAAUAUGCAUCUUUAUUUAUUAUUGUUUUUCUCUCUCUCUCUCUCUCUGCAAACGGCGUUCAUUCGUAUGAGUUUGCGUGUUUGGGUGUGCGUGUGUGAGUGUGAUUAAAACGAUUGUAAUUUGGUAAAUAUUUUACCACAAGUGUAGUAAAUGUAGAAGGGCAAUUAAUAUUUAACAACAACUCAUGGUUAACACACCGGCCGUUGUGUGUGUUUGUGUUCGUUUGUGUCGCGUUUUUUGUUACGCGCGUCGUUCCUUCCGUUCCUUCCCGACCUCCCCGACCUCCCCGCUGGUUUUAUUUAUCCGUGUUUUAUCCCCCGAUUGCAUUACAAUUUACAGUCGUAGUGAAAGAAUGCUAGUAAAAUGUGGUAACUGUGUAAACGUAAAACAAUGAAUGGAAGACAAGAUAUAGUGUUAGCAAAAAAUGUAUGGGAAGCAUUCUUCCCCGAUUUUAGAACGUUAAGUUGGAGAGCAGUGUAGCUAAAAAAGAAAAAGGGCAACAUGAAACGACACACUAGUAAUAACUAUCUCAAGCAGUAAUUUUGAUAAAUGCUCCUCCAGCAAACCACAACAACACCAAGGGCGCGCGCGCGCGUUACUUGCCGGUAAUUUCUCCACACGAUCAGCAUACCUAUAUCCUCUCGAUCCAGUUAGGCCUGAUUAGCGUAGACGGUAUGAUGAUAAUGGUAGGCCCGCGAGUGUCAGAGAGUUCACGUGGAAAGCAAAUACUAGACACAACUCUGGAUGCUCUACAAGGGUUAAUAUGGAUAACGCGAUUGGAUAACGUGCCCCGCCCCGCGGGCAGCAAAACAAUUCGAAAAAAUAUAUACACAAAUUUUAAACCCA